UGCCACGUCAGACACAGUGCCACGUCAGCAGUGCCACGCCAGACACAGUGCCACAUCAGACACAGUGCCACGUCAGCAGUGCCCCGCCACCAUGACGGGCGCAGCUCUGGGCAUGCCAGGCCAACUGGCCAACGAGACCAUUGCCGACUWCAAAAAGCGUUUCCAGGCUCAGCUCGCUGCAAUCGAGGYUGAGGAACAACGCCAGCUGGCAGCCAAGGCUGCCCAGCUACAGGCUGAAGAAGCGGCAACAGCAGAGAAGYUGCGGCUACAGGCCGAAGCAGACGCAGAUACCCAGGCUCGCCGAAAGGAAGCCCAGGAUCUGCUGCUGCGGCACKAAGCCAACAGCAUCGACAGACUCAAGUACUGGCACUUUGAACCGAACGGCGACGAGCCAACACCGGAAGAGCAGCAUAAGGAGUUCUUGGCCAAGCUCGUGGCCAGGCUGGUUUACACAUGUAACCACCUGCAGUCCGAGCUGGCAAACCUUCAGCGGGUUGUGCGGAACCAUAAGACUCAGCAUGAGGAUGCCACACGGGCACUGGAUGCCCCUGUACUGGACCUGGAACAGGCUGUACCAGGACCAGCUGCUGGGGCUUCCAGCAGUGCAUCCUCUAGCCGCCAACUGGAGGAACGCGUUGACCACGUAGUGGCAAUGCUAGGAGACAUAAGUAGAUGCAAGGUCUUCUCCAAGAUCUACCUCAAGUCUGGCUAUCACCAGAUUGAAGUCAAUCCUGCAAACCAGCAUAAGACUGCGUUCAAAACACGCGAUGGGCUGUACGAGUUUACCGUAAUGCCCUUCGGUCUCACGAACGCACCGGCCACCUUUCAAAGCCUCAUGGACAAGGUCCUCCGCGAACAGAUUGGUCGGUUCGUGGUGGUAUACCUUGAUGAUAUACUGAUCUUCAGCAAAUCCAUGGAGGAACAUGUAAAGCACCUUGAGGAAGUGUUCACCAUCCUUAAGAAAACGCAACUCCAUCUCAACUUAGAGAAAUAUGAGUUUGGGAGGGAUAGCGUCAUCUAUCUUGGUCAUCAGUUGUCUGGUGCAGGCUUAGAGCCUGAGGCAACCAAGGUUGAAGUCAUACGCAAUUGGCCUCAACCCGUGAACAUCUGCAAACUGCGCUCUUUCCUUGGUCUCGUGUCGUACUACUGGAAGUUUGUGCCCCACUUCUCUAUUUGUUGCUCGCCCGUUGUCCUGGUUAACAAGUAAAAAUGUUCCCUACUCUGGGGACACAACAUGCAAGGACGCCUUUCAAACUUUGAAAGAAGCUUUGGUGAGUUACCCUGUA